AUGGCUCAUCGACAGACUGGAGGUUACAAGGAGGAGCCUGGUGUUGCGGUGCCGGGAGAUCACAGUUCUGCAUUGCGACGUGCGACUGUUAAUUUGUUUUUGCGUCGCGCAUUAUCUCGGCGAGUCCAUGCUGGUUCGCAAGUUGUUCAGCUUCACUCUGCGCGCGCCACCGCCCUACGCUGUAACCCUGCUCUAGUUAGGGCGCCGGGGACAGGCCGGGGAAGGGGGGUUUUCUUCGCAGGGGGUUGGUUCGGGAGGUGCGGCUUCGACACAUUCCAGAAGACGGCGAGCGUUGACAGGCUGCGCGGGCUGGACUCGACGGGCGGCGGUCGGGCGGGCACCUUUGCACAGGAUAGCAGGCUCAAGGGUUCAAGUGUCGGCUCAAGUGGGCUCGUUUCACAAUGGACCGGGCUAUGUACAUGGGUGGCCAAGGGGUCUUCAGCUUGCUGCCCAAUCCCACGCGGCGCGCACUACUCGGCCAAGGGUGGCGCUGGAUCCUGCACCGUCCCCAGCCCGGCCUAUGAUCCGCUGAGGGACCGCGAUCCCCCGAACGUGAUUCAUCGUUUUUUUGCGAGCUUGUUUUGUUCUCUAAAUUUCGUGCUUUUAUUUUUGGCUCGCUCCUGUUUGCAGGAGAAUUACCAGCCAAUCACGGCCCUCGCCGCUGGUGCGCGUCGGUCUAUCACUCGCUCGGGAGAAGCCUCCGCGCAAGACGGCCUCGACACCUGCGUAUCCAGGGGCCCGGUUGGAAGCCGCGCCCGUCCUUCAGCAGGGAGCGGGUUGGUGGCGGUGUGCCAAGGACUCAACGCCGCAAAGACGGGGGCCCUCGACAGGGGAUCUUCAGAGGCAGGCCAGGGUUCCAAGGGUUCCUAUGGCUCCCAUGGGCCGCGCUGCCUCCCCCCUCUCGCUCCUAGCAAUUUGACACACGGCCCUAGUGCACCCCGUUGCUGCAGCCAGAGUCACCUUUUCAGGCUCUCGCCGCUCCCAGCUUCCCUCACUGGCCUCCCGCCCACACACCGCUGGGGCCCGAGCAUUCCUGACGCAUAUCACACUCUACCCUAUCACCCCACCACCCCUGGCCUGCCCAUCUGCAUCCUUGCUUUUGCCUGGCGAGUAUAUUUCAAUGGGCAGCCUCCCCUGCCCCAUGGUCCGCGACCUCAUCCACUUCCACCGCAAGGCCCCUCUUGACCCUGUCACGUUUCUCCCAUGCGCUGUCGUCAGACUGUGUAACGUCCUUUCUGGUCAUAUCAGGCUUUUGCAUUACCUUAUCCUCUUGAUACCCAUACCUAUACUGCUUUCCUACCUCCUCCCAAUCGCAUACCUUGUCCUCGUCGUCAUCUCAUCGGCUCCUGUUUCUUCGAUCAAUCUCCGGUCCGUGUUUUAUCUUGCUAUUCCCCGUCUUCCUUCGGGCCGUACCCCCCAGAGCGCCCUCCUGAUUCUCGCCGCUACCCUCAUAUAGUUGAUUGAGGGAGUUCUUCGCGCGGUCACGGAGUUUCCGAUCUUGCUUGGUCGCUUGUACCUGGUCAAUAGCUUGAAGAUUUGGUAAUAGAGCAAGGCAUCUGUUAUACAGAGGUAGACCCACGUCCUCCCAUCCCAGCAGCAGCAGGAAACGGUUUAUUUUCUUUUCUUCUGUCGCGGCGCGCUAUUG